AUGGCGGUCUCUGCUAUUGGUUUCGAAGGAUUUGAGAAAAGGCUUGAAGUCUCAUUCUUUGAGCCUAAUGUCUUUCUUGAUCCCGAGGGAAAGGGACUCCGUGCUCUUACUAAAUCCCAGUUAGAUGAGAUCUUGACUCCAGCAGCUUGCACGAUUCCUCUUUGUCUAUCCUUACAAGAUCAUAAUCAAAACAUGCGGGACUACAAAGCUGCUCUUUACGAUCCCACAUAUCCUUAG